GCGGAAGGGGCGGAGCUGCCGGCUGAUGGCGGCGGUCUCGGGGGCUGCGCGGAGCUCUGGCGGGAGCGCGGCUGUCCGCCGCCGCAGCAGUCCCAGGGCGGGGAGCAGGUGGAGGUUGCGGAGCCGCGCUCCGUCCUACUGCGACGAGUCCCUGUUCGGCACCCGGCCCGGGCAGCCGGACUGGGCGCUGCGGAUGGGGAGAGCAGAUGUGGCCAAGCUGCACUCCCUGUUCUGGAGCCCGCCGCCGGCCCCUCGCUGCCAGCCCAGCCUCCCCUCCAGCCCCAGGGGCAGCCCCCUGCCGCCUGCCCGCCCGCCAGACCUUGAUGAACGGGCCGCUGCGGGCUCUGGGACAGCUCGGCGAGGCCAGUCCGGCGCCUGUGAGCAUCUCGAGGGCUGUUCAGGUGCUGGCGUCCGGGCUGCUCCUCCUGGAGGAUGCUCGCAGUCUCUCGGCCGUUCCCAGUCCCUCAGCUGCCUGAACGCCUCUGUGGAUCGGCCUCGCCUUGCUUCAGGCAACACCAAGGCAGAAAGGCAUGAAAACCAGGGCUCUCCUGCAGCAUCCACCACCCCUCUGCUGUGGGCGCCGUCAAAAAGCAUGUGUGGGCCUUCUGCCAGGAACUCCCUGGCAGGGCAUGGCUGCAAAGCCAAGCCUCCCUGGCGGUAAAGUGAAACCUCACUCCAUGUGUAUGUACAGCCCUCACCUAUGUGACCUGGGGAUUGACCACCUGGCGAGGAUGUCUGCAAGGACCUGGGACUGAUGGAGACCAUGACAGCAGGGCUGCGCUAUGCAGGAGGAUGAACAAAGUGAUCACAGCACUGAAUGGACAAUAACCUGGGCAGGAGGCAGUCCUGCAGUAGUGGAGUGGGAUGUCUGGCUGUGGUGGCAACAGCAAUUUCCACCAACCAGCAAUCUUCAGAAAAGAUGAGGUAACGAGUCAGAUUCCUUUUGCCCAUGGUGUCUGGCCAGGAAGGCAGAGCCACAGGGAACAGGACCACCUCCAGCAGCAGUCCAGCUGCAGGAGAAGGCAUGGGUGCUGGUCCACCAUGGCUCAGGCUAGGGUGGGGAACUCAGGUGGAGCUCCAGGAGCAGUUGAUGCUAGGCAAGUUUCCUGGAGACGCUGGGUAAAGAGUCCAGAGGGCAGGAAGCAUGAGGGGCAGCUGAAGUUUUUUGGGGUUGCAGGGUGGAGUCAGGAGUUGGACUUGAUAAUCUUUAUGAGUCCCUUCCAUCUCAGGGUAUUCUGUGACCCUUGGCAACCACUGAUUUUGACAGCUUAUUAUGAUUAGGGAGUGCUGACUGGAUGCUUUGUGUCAAAAAACGUGAUUUGUAUUGAAGGUUAUGAGUACUGUUGCAGCAGUGCAAUAUUGUAACCAAAUAAAUGAUCAAAGGGAAA